AUGCCUGCCCCCUUCUCCACCCCGCACGUCCCGGUGCCUCUCCCUGCGCUCUACCUCUAUCCCCUCAACGACUCUUUCGUUCCCAAGCACAUUUCCCUGGUCAACAGCCAGCGCGUCAAGAUCGGCCGUCAAACCAACGCCAAGACAGUCCCCGCAGAACGCAAUGGAUACUUCGACUCGAAAGUUCUGAGCCGGCAGCAUGCAGAGGUCUGGGAGGAGAACGGGAAGAUCUAUAUCAAGGACGUCAAAAGCUCCAAUGGCACUUUCAUUAACGGCGAGCGGCUGAGCGCAGAAGGCCUCGAGUCGGAGCCGUUCGAGCUCAAGACUGACGACAUCGUCGAAUUCGGCAUCGACAUCGUCGGCGAAGACAACAAGACCAUCGUCCACCACAAGGUCGCUGCCCGCGUAGUAUGCGUCUUCACCGAGCUCGACGCGCAGGCCGCACAGCGCGCCGAGGCGCAAGCCCAGCAACAGGGUGCGCAAGGCUAUAUGGGCGGCAUGCCCAACCAGCCCGGCGCCGGCAACAGCCCCUUCAACUUCGGCAAUGGUCAGGGUAGUUCGAACGGGGCCGGGCCUCAGCGACGGCCAACAUUACAACCUCAAGGCCUCGUCGGCAUGGGCGGCAUGGGCGGUGGGAACGUCCGCGUCCCCGGAAAGAGUGGUUUGACCUUCGACCACAUCCUCAGCAGGCUCCAAGGGGAGCUGCAGAAGAGCAGGGAGACCGGUGCGGAGCUCCACUCGCUCAGCAGCGGUCUCGCCGAGAUCCACGAUACCCUCGGUGGCAGCUUGCCUUCCAACCUCCAGCCAUAUCCUCCAACACUGCCGCCAGUCAUGCCAGCGCAGGUCGCUCGCGCUUCGGAAGAGGCCCAUCAACGGCCGGCAUCAGAACCCUCCAGCACCAUGUCCGAGCUCCAGAGUCAGCUGCAGGAGACUCAGCGCUCCUUGGCGGAGCACGUCGACAAGGUUCGCACGCUGGAGAACAUGCUCACCGAGCACGACGCCAUCAAGCAGGAAGUCGGCUCGCUGAGGGCGGCGAUGGAGGAGCGCAAGCGGGAAAUGGAACUCUUCCGGCUCACAAGCGCCCGUCGAUCGCACGAUCAGCCCGAAGAUGGCGAUGAUUUCGCAUCGGACGACGACGACACCCGAAGCAUCUCGACGGUCACCCCUCAUGAACUCGAGCGCGUCGACGAGGAGGAUGAAGAGCAAAUCGCGGCUGAGGAAGAGGAAGAGCAGCGGAGGAGUCGCGACGAGCUCGGCCGCCCGCGGACACCCGAGCCUACCGGCAUGGGCAUGACCGAGGACGACGAAGAGCAGGAGCCGAACUCGUUCCGGCAACCCGCCACCACCCUCCGCCCGACCUCCCCCUCUCCUCCCGCAUCCGCCCCCGCGAUCCCGGACGAGCUCACCGACCGCCUCAACGCGCUCGCCAAACAGCUCGAGAUGGCGCUCGAGCUCUCGCGCUCACUCGAAGCCCAGCACGCUACCGCCCAGUCCACGAUCUCCGUCCUCGAGUCCAAGGUCGCGUCACUCGAGAACCUCGUCCAAGACACGCAAACGCAAGUGCAGUCUCAGGUCGAUGUCACGGAGCAGCUCGUCCAAGCGUCUGAGUCCGCCCGCGCCGCGCCGCAAGAACCCACCGUCCCCGUCGCCGCUGUUGAGGAGGCGAGGAAGGAGGAGCGCGAGUCGCUCACCUCGAUGUUCGCCGAGUGGAAGAAGAACGUCGAGGGCAAGUGGAGCAGCGUGCACGAGGACUGGACGGAGGAGCGGGAGCGCCUCCGGCGAGCCAGAGAUGAGUGGGAGAGCCGGAUGCGCGCGGCCGAGGAGACGGUCUCCACCGCCGCGACGAAGGUCGAGAACGGUCUCAUGUCCCUGGCGUCCUUUCAGGCGCACCAGCAACAGAAGUUUAUGAACGGCAACGCGAAGCCCCAUUCCAGCGGCGGUCUCGUCACCCCUCCCAGCCCUCGCUCCCUCUCCGCUGAGUCCACUCGCCCCCGGAACCGGAGGAAACGCGCCGCGUCGCGAGGACGCACGCGGUCUCGGUCCAUCUCCCCCUCCCCCACCGACGACGGCGCCGACAACCUGGUCUCUCUCGAUGCCACGAGCAGCGAGUCAUCAUUCCCCGGUCCACGGCGACGAUCGCCAUGGUCUGUCGACGACUCGAGCGAUUCGGAGGGCACGCACCCAAGCGAGUCUGGAGACGUCCCGGAAGGCUCGCGCAAGAUGCCCUUCCCCAUCACCCCGACAUCCGUGAGUCCCGACGCACCCUUCCCUGGCGCCUUCCCUCCCGCUGAUCGGCCGGACGUGUCUUCGCUCUCGGUCCAGUAUCCACUCCAUCAGGUUCAAACGGUCUUCGGCGUCACGGUCUUGUUAGUCGCAGCAGCAGCAGUGGUAUGGCGGGUGAAACCGGAAGUGGCAGCAUAG